CCGGUAUUACUUCAAUACCGUUAUUAACUUUCAAUACCGGUAUUGAAAAAAGCGUGGAUUUUGUCCGGGAUCCCGGUAUUACGCAAUACCGGUAUUGCGGUAUUGCAUGCCCUAAUGACAACCCGUAUAGAAGAGGCCUAGGCAGGUCUAUAGGAAGGUAUGUAGGUUAGGUAACUAGUAAAUCGGUCCACAAGUUUCUGAGCGCAUUUAAUAUAACUAACGAUCAAAUAAUUUACUCCCAAUAAUAAGAAUGAAAUGUACUUAAAAUGCCUUUUUCCGAUGGUAAAAGUAAACGUCUCUUUUUUAGGAAAAACGGAGGACACCGAAACAACUGAGGCGUGGAAGAACACUGCUAUAAUACUAAAUCAUUCCACGGCUUAUCCAUUCCAAGUAACCGGCAGUAGCAUUCGUUGCUGCUUUUGUACAUUAUCCUUCAACGACCCUACUGUAUUCAGGAAACACGUCGAUUCCGCUCAUAAAAAUGUAGACAAAUCUCAGCCGCUGAAUAAUAAGUUAAAUUUAAGGAUUGACAUCACUGACUUACAGUGUAUAAGUUGUGUCGGCGUGUUUGACUCACUAGACUCAUUGUCACACCACUUGAAUACAGAACACAAGUAUGAUAUAAAAACUGUAUCCAACUUAAAAUUGGUUCCAAUGCGGUUGGUGAUGGAUAAAUUCGUUUGCAUGGUUUGUGAUAAAAAGUUCUCUACGCUUAACCAGCUCUCCAGGCAUUCGGGAUCACACUAUCAACGUUACGUGUGCGAGAAGUGUGGCAAAAAUUUCGAACGUGAUUCAGCCCUUAAUUAUCACGUACUGCUCAAACAUUCCAACUCGGAGUUUUUCUGCAGAGUUUGCAGAAAGGGUUUUUCAUCAAACUUGGCCAGACGGCAGCAUGUGGAAGAGAACAAGAGAUGUUUGCCACUGGCUUGUCACAUUUGCAAAGAGCGUUUCCUGUAUUGGUCGCCAUUGGAAAAUCAUUUGUUUGACGUGCAUGGGAUAGCGAAGAAAACUUAUCCAUGCAAAGAAUGCGGCAUACAGUUAGAUACUCGAAACAAACUUUAUUGUCAUUUUAGAAAAGAACAUACGGAUGAGCUCAAAUGUAGUGAUUGCGGUAAAUGUUUUUCAGUACGGUCAAAGUUGGAAGAACAUGUAUUAGUGCACACUGGAGGGAAGCCUCACCAGUGCGCUAUAUGCGAGAAGACGUUUCGAACCAAAAAAAGUAUCAGAUUACACAUGAUUACUCACGGCGAUCAAAAAAAGACUUGUCCCAUUUGUAAAAAAGUUUUGUCAGUCAGAUAUAUCCGAGAUCAUGCUAAAAAGUAUCACCUAGAAGGUUAUAGAAACGGUUUUUUUAAAGAAGCAUGCUCUAAGAUUAUGGAUUUUUGAAAUUAUAUAUAUUUUGAAAAUCUUCUUAAUUAAGCAGUAGGUAGGUAGGUAUACAUUGUUUAUAGUUUCAUACAAUUUCAUACUACAGUCUCCAAUAGUGUUGUUUUUUUUCU